AGAAAGUCUAGGCAAGGCUCCUGCCGUUGGGUUUUUUCUAGACGGGAUACAGUUUAUGUCCGAAUUUCUCGUAACAGAUAAAAUAUCUCUAAAUAAACCUGCAAUCAUGGGUGAAUUCCUGAAAUACAUCGACUACGACCACAAGACGAGCUUCCUGAAAAUGUUGAACCAGCAGAGGAUGGAAGGGGACCACUGUGACGUCGUGGUCGUGGUUGAAAACGUUGAGUUCAGAGCUCACCGCUGUGUCCUGGCCGCCUGCAGCAUCUACUUCAAGAAGCUGUUUAAAAAACAGAACGACGUGGACAACUCCAUCGUGGAGCUCGACUUCAUCCGUUCCGACAUCUUCGAGGAAGUCCUCAACUACAUGUACACUGCCAGGCUCGCCGUCCGCAAAAAGGACAUCAACCUCAUGAUGUCAUCCGGCCAGGUCCUGGGGAUCGCCUUCCUCGACAACCUGUGUUCACAGAAACGUGAGCCCAACAUGAAGCCGAGUCGUGAGAACCAGGCGCCGGGGGACGGUAUGAGGGCCCAGGACGCCAUUUUGAAAGAACUGGCAAUGGAGGAGGUGAGGAAGAACAGCUUCUACGAUGGAGGGAUGGAGGCCAUGGGCUCUGGGGGGCCUCACGGGGUGCCCCCUCACUUCGGAGGUAACAUGUCCAAAGACCCCCACAGCGCCCACGGCUGGACCUCCUCCUCCUCCUCCUCCAGCGAUAUGAAGCUCGACUACCUGCUGUACGGCCAUCGCUCUGACGGCAUCCACCCGGGCAUGAAGCCAGGCGGAGACGGCCCCAAGAAAGACAAGUCCCACCUGGCCCACCGUCCGUUCGCCUGCGAGGUGUGCCCCAAAACCUUCACCACCCAGGCCCACCUCAAAGAGCACCUGAAGAUCCACACGGGCUUCAAGCCGCACCGCUGCCUGGUCUGUGGCAAGGCCUUCAUACGAGGGCCCGACUUGAAGCGCCAUGAGAGGGUCCACAGCAACGAGAGGCCCUUCGGAUGCCAGAUGUGUGAAAAGGCCUUCAAGCACAAGUCCCACCUGCGAGACCACGAGCGGCAACACCGAGGGGAGAGGCCCUUCAACUGCGGCUCCUGUGACAAGGCGUUCAUCAAAGCGUCGGACCUGAAGCGCCACUGGAACACGAUGCACAGCCAGCGCAGAGCGCUGUCCCCGGCCGCCGCCGCAACCCCGGGCAGCAUCCAGGGAGACACCGACACGCAGAGCCAGAGGGACUGGAAGUUAGAGGCUGGGCCUCACUCGUAAGGAGGGACACACACACA